GGCCUCUUUGGACCUCCAGUGCUCUGAGACAUUUUCCUGAAAACCCCAGCCUUUCAUUUUUCUCCUUGUCCUUACCCUUUUUCCCCUGGAGCUGCAGGAGGAUCCAGAUCCUCAGGAGAUCCUGGGCAGGGGGUGCAUGGGGGGGGGGUGGGUAUCACACAGGCUGCUGCUGCUGCUGUUAGUGGCUAAGGCAACAAAGCUUCCUGAGCAAUCGACUGUGAUGACAGGACACGCCCGUGGAGGGCUUCCUGUCGUGACCCAGGGCCGGGACACGUAAAGAAAACCCAGCUUGGGGGGAUGUCUGCUCUGCGGAACAUAGAAGACACAUCUGUCACCGUGGGACACACGCGCUCCCACUGGAAGUCCAGCAAGCAAGCCUCAAGUUCACGGUCCUCCCAGCUUUCUACAUCCCAACCCCAGUGUGACAAGGAGGAAGAGGCUGAGCACGAGAGAGCCACAGCAGUAGCCGCAGAGUCCCCUGGAGCCUCAGUCCAGUCUCGGGGUUGUCGCCUUUCGGGGCUCACGUAUAGCACCUGCAGCGGGAAGGUCCCCUCCUCCCAGGCCUCCUACUGCCCCGUCGGAGCACGCUUCUUCCCCCGGACCAGCGAGGGUGGCUGUGCUGAAUCCCCACCCCUGUCCCCCAGCCAGAAGCUCCCUGUCCUCGGGACUUCCCUCUCCCACCCCGGCUCAAGAAGAGGGCUCAUGGCCGGGGGGGGCACACACCUGCUGCUCUCUGUCCUUCUGAUGCUCCUGGCAUCAUCAGGCUCCUGGGGACAGAAGUCACUGUUGCUGCACAAACUGGAAGGGGAGACGGUCUCCGUGAAGUGCCUGUACCCGCCCUGGACAGGUUCAAACAUGAUGAGAGUCUGGUGCAGGGACAUUUCAGCAGAUACUUGUAUUGUGUUAGCCUCCAACACCAGGCUCCCGAGAGUGUCCGGGGAACCUCGAAACUCUAUUCAGGAUUAUUCCAGUUUAGGCUACUUCAUCGUCACCAUGACUGAGCUCAGGGUGAAGGACUCCGGAUUUUAUUCAUGUGGAUUCUACAAAUCCUCAGAGAUCUCUGUUCUCGGAAAAUUCCGUCUGGUGGUAUCUCGGGCUACAACCACGCCCACCACCACGAGCACCAGGAGCACCACAGCCUGGACCUCCGCCGCCAGCCCUGUCACCGACAGCUCCGAAAGCAAUUGGCGUCUCAUCAUUCCCACCUCGACGGUGGCCGUCCUGCUGCUGCUGGUGCUCAUGGUCCUCAUGAUCCUGUACUUCAAGAAAGCCCGAGGAAGUGCCGGGAAAGGUGAGGACAAACUCCACGUCUAUGACAACAUUUCAGUCCAGAGGGAAAAGACCACUGAACACCGGAAAGACUCCUCGUCAGGGCAGAGGCGAUCUCAGGUUUCCUGGGGCUCCCAUCAACAGAUGGGCUCUGACGAGGACUCUGGGGCCAUUUGCUAUGCUUCACUUACCCACCUGAACAACUUUGACCUUGAGGACUCCAUCUAUGUCAACACCCACCCCAACCUGAGGCCCACGCCUGACCCCCUUCUGACUGUGGAAUAUGCCAGCAUCUCUGGAAGCAGACCCCAGCCCUCCAACUUGACUGCCCUGGAGGGGGAAACUCAGGAGCUGAAGGCAGACUUCACUGGGCAGUGAGCACUUAACAAGUACCUGUGAGGCGUGGGGUUGCCCUACCAGUGAUACGGGGACUUUGGUGGGACAAAGAUGGUCCCAAACCAGCAAAAGGUCAUCCCUUCCUACAAAGGAGGUGAGGAAGGGGGAGGAGAAGAAAGUCCUUAUCACUCCAGAGGAGAGAAGUUUUGGGUCUAAAGGCUGUGCUGGGCAGGCUCUGGGGCCCAUAGAAGGGGUUUCUAGACACCUGCCUGCUCCCCUCCCCAGGGUCUAGGAGGAGGGCUAUUAGAGCAAAGUCCAAUUACAUAGGGUCUGGAUCCCAGUGCCUCUGAGUGACCCAAUGUUCGCCCCACUCUGUGACCCUCACUUCCUUCCUGACCAGGGGCUGUGAAACCCUGACACACUGUGCAAGUUCCUCUUUGGUGACUCUCCUCAUGAAACCCCCCCCCUCCACCCCCAACUACCUCUCAGGGCUGCUAAGCCAGGCUGGAAAGUUAUUUUCCUCCACCAGAGCUCCUUCCUGAUCUCCUGAUUUUGAUUCUCACAAAUGACCCUGCCAGUAUGUGGGCAGUGUCCUCCACUCAAGAGUCCCUCCUAACACUUGGCCUUGCUGGGCAGGGGUGGGAGGCAUGAGAGCUUCCUUCCUUAUAGUGGCCCCUGCAGCCACUGUAGGGAACUGACCUGGGCUCCCUCCCCUUCCAUGGAAACCAUCAACUACCUUGCUAGCUUCAUCUCCAACAGAGCAGGCUGAGGGCCACCUCCUGCUUUGCCCACGUACACUUCCACAGGGCUCUUAUGGAGACAUGGGCCCUCUUUUAUUCUGCACCUCCAAGGAGUGACUCUGGAUUGUGGGAAUUCUAGGCCAUGGGGGCAGAGGGUGCUGUCCUACCAUGUCAUGGGAAAGAUUUCUUGAAUUGCAGAUUCAUUACUUCUCAAGGGUGACAUUUAAAGAUCAUCAAAUCCAACUGCCAGUGGGAGGCCAGAUCCCUUCUGCAAAAUUCCAGUGAGUCAUACAGUGUCUGUCCCAAUCUCUUGGAGGACAGGGGAUGCACCGCUUAUUGGUCAGUGUGAAUGGUUUUGUCAGACAAGAACUUGUUUGCCAUCAGUCACAGUGAGACAUCAGCUUUGCCUCCAGGAUGGGACCUGAGAGUGUGGUUGCUUCAGGGCCAGGAAGGGAGAGGGGUUGGAGAGGAAAAGGGUGGGUGGUCUGAGGUCUGGCAGGCUCGGGUGUGAUGAUGAGGUCUUCUUCAGGGAGGAAUUCAAAGUAAUUCCUUGUCACCUGUGACAUCCCAGGUUCUCAGUGUUGAGGAUGUGGUUCUGUCCCGAGUCUGUGGCUGUUGGGGACAUCUGGGAACAACCCCAAGUUGAAAGAGGUGGAGAACAGGAUGUUCUGAGCAUCACCUUGGCUCCUCAGGUCUCUUCCCUGCCCAUCCAGUGCUCCAGAUUUGACUACCAGAGGCUGGGCACCUGCUGUAUCCUGACCUCUCACCCUACCCGGCCUUGCUCUGAGAGGGCCAUCAGCACUGACCUACGGCCUCAUUAGACCUCUGGUCCUCUGUUGUGCUAGGCUCCUGACAGUUCCUCUUGGUCUAUAUUUUAGUCUACAUAACCACUGGGGGAGCCCAUCUUCACCAUGGUCUUCUCGACUCGGGUUUCCUGGCUAUAACACCACGAGCCAUCCCAGGGGUCAGGUUCCUCCCGCCACUGUCCAAAGCCAAAGGAUUUACUCAGACUAGAACCCCUGGAGUUAUAGGCAUUACAUGGUAUUUAUAGGGGCCUGCUGACCUCCAGCCACUGCUCAGGGGCAGUGAUUAAGUCUAGUAAGCCAACAAUUAUGGAGUGUUUCUUAUAGCCACAUUCCUCUACAUACCUUAAUGGCUUAAACAACCUCAUAAGGUAAGUGCUUUCCCUUCAUUUUAAAGAUGGGGAAAUUGAGACGCAGACAGUUCAGUAAUUUCCCAAAGUCUUAUAGCUAAUAAAUGGUGGAUCCUAGACCUGAAAUUUUAGCCACAGUGCUUUUGGGUCCCUGUUCCCAUUGCAUGUACGCAUGCACGCAUGCAUGCACAUGCACAGUGGGUAGACGUAUGACAAAAUAGUAACACCAAGCAAUCAUGGCAAGAGCUGAAGAAUGCUAACGGUGCUAGGAGAGGAUGGGAAGCAUGACCUUUUCUGAUAGAACUCCAGGAGCCAAGAGGGGAUGGUAGGGCUGUGGCUGAUGUAGCUGGGGAGUUUGAGGAGAGGGAUUCUUGAUUAACCAGUGUCCCCAGAUAAAAAGGCCUGGGUCCCUCCUGCCCACAGUGCCUCAGGGAGGGGACCACCCCUUCUGCCACCCAAGGCUCAGGCCCCACAGGAGAGAGAUGCUCUUUGACCUUUGGGACACUAGCAGGCUUUAGGCACCAUCCUCGGAGGGCCUGCCACCCACUGCCAGUUGGACCCUCCCUUCUCUUCCCCCCACUAUGCUCUUUAUGCAUGCCCACAGUAUGUCAAUGUUUUGUUCAUCGACUUGUCUGUUUUCUGUUUUGGUCAGUGUUUCAAGCCACUAAGGUUUGGGAUAGUUUGUUACCAAUAAACAAUAAAUAAUCAAACUGAAGAACCAAGACAAAGUUGAAGAACAAAUGGAAAAGGAGAUGGUCUUACCUGACCGGAAACCAAGACUUAGUGUGAUGUUCUCACAACCACAGUGUGAUCCUAGACUAGAAAAUCGACCAGGGCAACAGAAUUGGGGGGUGAGAAGUGGGAACCUGAUUUUCUGCCAAAGCAGGCAUAUGAAACAGGGGCAGAGGAGAGGAAUAUGCCAUGGUCUGGGAGCAACCAUCUAUCCAUAUGGAGAAAAUAGAAAAUUAGAUUCCCGCCUAUGUUUUACACAAGAAUGAAUUCCAGGUGGGUUACAAAUCUCCAUGUCAAUAGCUGAGCAAUAAAAUGUUUAGACAAAAA